AUACCGUCUCAGGCCUCCCUUUUUAAUUUUUGGACUUUCAAAGCUGUUAUAUCCGUUCCCAAACAUUUUUUCUUCCGGGAAAUGACCUUCUCUUCCCUAGCGGAUGAGCUCGUAACUGCUUUUGACAACGAACCGACGACAUCAAACAGCUUAGCUGCGGAGUUCGGUUUGGACCUCGAUCUUGAUCAGGAAGUCGGUCUCCAAACUCGAGCAGGUGGUGAUGGCUUGGGAUAUCGCGGACAUUCGCUUGAGGAAGAGCUUGCCCAAGGGGGCUUUGGACAACCGCCUUUGCCUGAUCGCGCAUUAUUGAACUUUGACGCGUCGCCGCCUGCUCGGUCACAGCAUUUAGGUGGACGAUCAUUAGAGGACGAGCUGGCCUUAGGAGAAGGGAUUAGUCCACCACUUACUCCGUUACCCACUCGACGUUACCACUACAGCCACGGAUCGUCCCCAAGUUCAAUUGUCUCAUCGCUUAGAAUACAACAAUUUAAUUUGGAUGAUGAUCGUGAACUCCAAAAAAGACAGUUACACGAGCCUUUGUCAUCGCGCAACGAACAGCUUGACGAUCACGAUAAUGACUUGUCUCCCCACAAUAACCUCGCCAGGUCCCCUUCCAAAUUACCCACAUCACCAUUGCGCACGUUUAUAUCCCAAGGACCCUUUGCCACCCCUACCGCUACCCCACUCAGACUUGGAACUGGGAUACGUAGAAACCCUUCUGACGGCUCUAUAUCUUACACAUCCUUCUCACCUUCCCCUUCCUCUUCUUCUAUCCCUCACGGACCAAAGCGUCUGACGAGGGAAGACCAAGAUCCACUUUUGGUGCUGUCGGAAACGAUCGCAAUGAAUUCGAGGUUUAUCAACUGCUUGCGGCAUUUGGAUGAGGUACCCAGGACAAUUGCGUCAGGGGCGCCCAGAGGAACUCCUGGGGAAAUUGGGGGGGCGGCCCCUGGUCUAGGCCAUCGAGGAUUAUCAGGGACAUCGAUCCUGAAACCUGCGGUAGCAGAACCAGGAUUCCCGUCGUCAUCUCUUUCCCUCCCUUCAAGGGCGACAACCUCAACGUCGAUACCAUUAUCAAUUGAUACCCACUUACUAAACCAUCUCGCCGCACUCGCAGAAUCGGAAAAAACAAGGGAUGACCAGCUGCGCGGACUCAACUUAUUAGCUAGGGAAUUCGAGGGUCUGAGGUGGGGUGAAGGAUUGAUUGAAAAUGAGGAAUGCGAUCGAUUCAUGGAGAAACAAGGGGAGAUGGGCGUAUUAGGGCAGGAGAAUGAGAGUGGAGAUGUCUCAGCCUUGGAACCAAGUGGAGAGGACUCGCUUGAAGAUGUUCCCAAUUCCAAUUUGACUCCCUCCACACCCAUCCGUCACCCUUACGCCACGCAGUUUUAUUCGUCUUCUUCCCCUUUAUCACUUCAAAGCACCCUCCAACCCACGCUCCAAACACUCCUUUCCACAUCUCUCUCCCUGACCACCGCUCUCAACCACCUCUCGGACUCGCUCCAUAACUCUUCCUCAUUGUCAACCCAGAUAUCUCGUCAGCUCAAAAACCUCCGCUCUUCAGUGGGUGGAUUUAGGGAGAGAGAAGUCAGAGAGGAAGAAGCGAGGAGGGGAGUAGAGGAGUGGGAGAGGGGGCGGGAUGAGUUGGGUUUGGGUGGGGGAAGAAUGGGAAGUGCCACGAUCGGGUCAACCGAGACAGGAAGUGUCCAAAUGACUGGAAGGGAUAAGGAGAGGGCGAAGAGUGUAAAAAAAGUGUUGGAGAAGGAAUGCGAAGAGUUUAAAAGCAAACUGGAAGAAUACGGGAAACAGGUGGAGAAGAUUCAGGCGGGCAGGUCAGCUGGAACGGGAAUUUCGACCACGGGCUAAGGCUUUCGCAGCAAUGCAAGGUAAAAAACUUGCCUGGAAUUUUUGGACAUCUUGAAUAACGUAAGUCAGUGAGAGUGUGGGCGAGAGUGGGGAUGGGGAAUGACAGUGAAAAUGGGAGGCGUCCUAUGACGAUUUGACGAUACAUUAAUGAUUAUGACUUCAUGCACGACACUAUUU